CUUCCAUGUCAACGGUUGAGAUCUUCAACUCCUCCUUAAUCCAACGGCUAUAAUUUCCUGUUGAAUCUCCUUGUCUCUUUCUCUCUCUCUCUCUUCAAUCUCUAGCCACCAUUGACACACUUUAGAUGAGAAGAUAAUCUCUGAGGCUCCACCCUAUAUAUAAGAUAUCGGAAAUUUUGAAGCUUUUUGUUGUGGUUGUUACUCUCGCAAUGUCGGGGUUGGAGUAUCUAUCUCCGUUGACGCACACCAAAAUCUAUCUUAAUUGGUACUCCUCCAAUCUACACCGCUCGAGGGUGUUUCGGCAAAACGCAAGUCGUUUCGUUGUUCCCAAUUCGGUGCCGGUUAGGGUUCUGAGGGACGCGAGGUUAUGGAGGGAUUCGGGGAGGUUGGAUUUGUGGGGAGGGUUGAAGAGGUUCUACGGCGGUGAUGGACGGAGAAUCAGGGCUAGUAGUAGUAGUAGCGGCCAGGAGAGCGAUUCCGGCGAGAAGAGCGGUGAAGGUCAAGGGGUCGAUAAUGGUUCGACCGGUUCGUCCGGUUCGAACCGGAGGAAGGAGAAGCAGGGGAAGGGUGGUUGGUUGUGGUGGUGGUUUGGUUCUAAAGGUGGGAAGAAGUGGCGGUGGCAGCCCAUAGUGCAGGCACAAGAGAUUGGGGUUUUGCUUUUGCAGUUAGGGAUUGUGAUUUUUGUUAUGAGGUUGCUUAGGCCUGGGAUUCCCUUACCUGGGUCCGAACCAAGGGCUUCAACCUCUUUUGUUAGCGUGCCGUACAGUGAGUUCUUGAGCAAGGUCAAUAGUGAUCAGGUGCAGAAGGUGGAGGUUGAUGGGGUCCACAUCAUGUUCAAGUUGAAGCCUGAUCAAGUGCAGGAUGGUGAAGUUUCUUCUUCUUCUUCUUCUUCUUCUUCUUCUUUAAGGAUGCAGCAGGAGUCAGAGUUGUUGGUUAAGAGUGUUGCUCCAACCAAGAGGAUAGUUUACACCACCACAAGGCCUAGUGAUAUUAGAACUCCUUAUGAAAAGAUGCUCGAAAAUGAGGUCGAGUUUGGGUCCCCGGAUAAGCGUUCUGGUGGAUUCUUCAACUCUGCACUGAUAGCCUUGUUUUAUGUUGCUGUGCUUGCAGGGCUUCUCCAUCGAUUCCCUGUAAGCUUUUCACAGCAUACAGCUGGUCAGAUUAGGAACCGCAAGUCAGGAACUGCUGCUGGUACAAAGUCAUCUGAACAAGGUGAAACAAUCACUUUUGCUGAUGUUGCUGGUGUUGACGAGGCUAAGGAGGAGCUAGAAGAGAUUGUGGAAUUUCUUCGAAAUCCAGACAGAUAUAUACGACUUGGAGCUCGUCCUCCUCGAGGUGUUCUCUUGGUGGGUCUUCCUGGGACAGGUAAGACUUUACUAGCGAAGGCUGUGGCUGGGGAAGCUGAUGUGCCAUUUAUAAGUUGUUCUGCUAGUGAGUUUGUAGAGUUGUAUGUUGGUAUGGGUGCUUCUCGUGUGAGAGAUCUCUUUGCAAGGGCAAAGAAAGAAGCGCCAUCCAUAAUAUUUAUCGAUGAGAUAGAUGCUGUGGCUAAAAGUCGUGAUGGUAAAUUUCGUAUUGUCAGCAACGAUGAACGAGAACAAACUUUGAACCAGUUGCUCACUGAAAUGGAUGGGUUUGAUAGCAGUUCUGCAGUGAUUGUUCUUGGAGCAACUAAUCGCUCUGAUGUUCUAGACCCUGCACUCCGUCGACCUGGAAGAUUUGAUAGAGUAGUCAUGGUAGAAACACCAGAUAGGAUUGGAAGAGAAUCCAUCCUAAAAGUUCAUGUUUCGAAGAAAGAACUUCCUUUAGCCAAGGACGUUGUCCUUGGUGACAUUGCUUCAAUGACCACUGGUUUCACAGGAGCCGAUCUUGCAAACCUAGUAAAUGAGGCUGCUUUGUUGGCUGGAAGACAGAACAAAGUUGUUGUGGAGAAAAUUGAUUUCAUCCAAGCUGUGGAAAGAUCAAUAGCUGGCAUAGAAAAGAAGACUGCCAAGUUGCAAGGAAUUGAGAAGGCUGUAGUUGCACGACACGAAGCUGGUCAUGCUGUAGUGGGUACUGCAGUUGCAAAUCUUCUUCCUGGACAGCCACGUGUUGAGAAGCUAAGCAUAUUGCCUAGAUCAGGAGGGGCUUUGGGUUUUACUUAUACUCCUCCAACAAGUGAGGACAGAUAUUUGCUUUUCAUUGAUGAGUUGCGUGGCCGACUGGUGACCCUUCUUGGAGGACGUGCAGCAGAAGAAGUUGUUUAUUCUGGUCGAGUGUCAACAGGUGCACUUGAUGACAUACGGCGAGCAACUGACAUGGCAUACAAAGCUAUUGCUGAAUAUGGUCUUAAUCAGACGAUUGGCCCUGUGUCAAUUUCCACUCUUUCUAAUGGUGGAAUCGAUGAGUCUGGAGGAUCAUUUCCUUGGGGAAGGGAUCAGGGACACCUUGUUGAUCUUGUUCAAAGAGAGGUGAAAGCAUUGCUGCAGUCUGCACUGGAUGUAUCACUUUCCAUUGUGCGAGCUAAUCCUACUGUUUUGGAGGGUCUUGGAGCACAUUUGGAAGAAAAAGAGAAAGUAGAGGGUGAGGAGCUACAGAAGUGGUUAAGAUUGGUGGUUGCACCAACAGAGCUUGCAAUAUUUAUGGAGGGCAAGCAACAGUCUCUUCUCCCAUUGCAGACAGGUUCUUCAACAGUUAAUAGUGUUAUCUAUUAAUGUACCAAUGUGAAGUGGAACUUGAGGUAUGAUUUUUGACGUUGUUCGGCUGAAGCCAGGGAAGUUAUAUCUCAAGUAGCAUGAGCUCACCCUUACAACAUUGUACAUUCCUGUAAGGGGAAUUUUGGCAUCAUUUUUAACACAUAGCCAGCCUGUUAUUUGUGUUAACUCACAGUUCACUCAACCAAAGCCACAUGGAAAAAGAAAGAUGAAGAAAUACAUACAUAGUGCCUCUCUUGAAGGGCUCCAUGAAUCAUAACUGCUGCCAUCUCAACUACAUACGUGCUGGUGUUUGAAUUUGUUGUAUAUUUACUAUUAUUUCAGUCAUGAUGUGGCUGUCUGCAAAUGUAAUUGAUAUGUAGUUGUAUACAUUAUGAUUCUGUGAAAUAUAAAGAGCUCUGCUAUAUGUUACACCAAAAUAUUUUAUCGAAAUUGCAAGUAACAUGGUUAGUUACAAAGUCUCUUUCCAAUUUCUCCCCAUCAAAACAGGCCCAUCAAUUAACUGCAGCUGUAUGGGACAACUUUCAGAUUCGGUGUCAACUGAGUAAAAUUUCGGGAAGAAUAACCAUACCACAUGGGAGCUACAAUGGUGGAAGAGAGAUAACUUAGAACUCCCCCUAAAUUGACCCCUUAUUUUGUUGAGUCUGCAUCAUCAAUCUCAUCACUGUCUUCUUUCAGAAUUCCAGUAAAGUAAGCAGUGACUAGAGUAGACUAUUUCCAGUCCUUUGUCCAGAGAGAGAGAGAGCAAUAUCAUGCUAACAUGCAAUGUGCUUCUGGUGGAACAUUAUCCUAUGUGGCUGAGUGUCUUUGGGAAGUUACGGUAUCAUGUUCAUGUCAUAGUAAGUCAUUAUCUCGUAUCCUUCUGCUGCUCAGAAGCUCGAACAAUCAAAGCUGCGAGAGGAGAAACGUUGGUGUGCAGCUGUUUGGCCAUGGUAGUGUUAAGAAAAAUUCUGAAAACCUUUUAUUUGAUUUUUCUUGUUAUUAUCCAGAGGAGUUGAAAAACAAACGAAAAAAAUGUUGCAUUACAAAGAGCUUAGCUCUCUGAAACAUUUGACACAGUUAUUACUCUGGCACAUGUUCCUAAUUAUGCUAUAAACAUUAAAAG